GCCAACUGUUAAAUUCUGCUUUGUGGAACAUCUCCCAAUCUCAUCCAUACUGCAGGCGUAUUCCAUUACCAUGAAGAACGUACCGAUUUAUGGGUUUUUAUCGAACAGUAGUAUCACAAACCUCCAUCACUUAGGAGCUUUCUGGUGUCCCGUGAUGGUCCAACACCUACCAUGAUACUUUAUUUUAGUUUCAUCUUUUGGUACUAAAUUGUACGCCUAUAAAUUUUAUAUGGAAUAGUCUCAAUAGGAUAAUGUUGCAUAUCAAAUGAUGGAGAGAGAUAGAGUGACAGAGAGAGGAGUAGGUAAAUGCACAAACGAAGUAUUUUGAGCUGGUUGAGAUACAAUGCAGACUAGUGUCCUUAAUUAGCAUGAGAAGGGGAUCUCCGUAAGUUCCUCACUCUAUUAUGUUUACGUGUGGAGGUCACUUGAUCUGUGCUUGCAUUUCGAUAUGGUCACAUUCAACAAAUUGUGAUGUUCUUCCACAGUGCCAGAGUUCUGUGAAGUUUGGUGUGAACGCCAGAUGUUGAUAUAGUAUCAGAAGACUUCAGUCCCCUGGAGAGACUGGAGAUUGAAAACCUCAGAAUGCAUAAAAAUGAACUCUUACUUGACAUAGAGAAGCUGAAGUCGGAGAUCGAAAAUGUCAUGGCAGAAAUACAAGAUUUCGAGGAGGCAGAGGAGAACAAGGUCAACGAGAGGAAUAAGCAGUUUGCAAGUGGCAAGAAGAAGUUCAACAUGGACCCCAAGAAGGGUAUUCAGUACCUGGUGGACAAUAAGAUCCUGGAGUGGAGGCCCCUGGCGGUGGCGGAGUUCCUGUACAAAGAGGAAGGACUGAACAAGACCGCUAUAGGUGACUUCCUGGGAGAGAGAGAUGAUAUGAAUAUUCAAAUACUGAAAGCCUUCCUGGAACUGCAUGAAUUUUCUGACCUAAACUUGGUUCAGGCUUUGAGGCAGUUCCUGUGGAGUUUCCGUCUGCCCGGGGAGGCGCAGAAGAUCGACCGCAUGAUGGAGGCGUUUGCCAUGCGUUACUGUGACUGCAACCCCGACAUGUUUCAAUCCACAGACACCUGUUACAUCCUGUCUUUCGCAAUCAUCAUGCUGAACACCAGCCUACACAACCCCAAUGUUAAGGAUAAGACCACGCUGGAGCGUUUCAUCAGUAUGAAUCGUGGUAUCAACAACGGUGGGAACCUUCCGGACGAGUUGCUGAUGAAACUCUACGAGAGCAUCCGGAGCGAACCUUUCAAAAUCCCAGAGGAUGAUGGGAAUGAUCUCACUCAUACCUUCUUCAACCCUGACCGAGAAGGCUGGCUUCUAAAGCUGGGUGGCCGUGUGAAGACCUGGAAAAGGAGGUGGUUCAUUCUUACUGAUAACUGUCUCUACUACUUUGAGUACACCACGGAUAAAGAACCUAGGGGCAUAAUUCCACUAGAAAACCUGUGCGUGAGAGAAGUGGCGUAUCCACGCAAACCGUACUGCCUGGAGCUGUACAAUCCCAACAGUCGGGGGCAGAAAAUCAAGGCGUGCAAAACUGAAACAGAUGGGCGGGUCGUGGAGGGCAAGCACCAGUCGUACAUGAUCUCAGCAGCCACGGCCGAGGAACGUGACGACUGGAUCGAGUCCAUCAGAGCAAGCAUCACCAAGGACCCUUUCUAUGACCUGGUGACUGUUCGCAAGAGGAAGGUCAUCAACAAUGUGGCUCAUGAGUGAGGAGAACUCCCACCUAGGAUUGUUAAGGAAUGUACACAUGGCUGAGGACCAGGGAGGGCCUUAGCUUUGCCUGACUGCAAUACUGACGCUUGGAGAGUAGGACGCAUUAACGAACAACUGGAUCGACAGUCAGAAGAUGCAGACAAGAGCCCCUGUGCACCAGCCUGUGAGAGGAAAUAAAAACUGAUCUUCACAGUUAUUUAGCAAGUGAAGGGGAUGUGGCUGCGGUUCUAAUACCAGAAACCAUUUCACAUUACUACUGCUGCCCUGCAAGGACCAGUAAGGAGAUCAGAAGACACAGACUUUUGAAAUAACCUUCCAUGAUCGGGUGGGCAGGUGUUGAUAUGAAAGACCAUUAUGAAGAAUGGGAACUUUCAGUAUUAUAAUGGAGUUAACUGACAAGUUGCAGCCAGAUCAUUGCUCAAACAAACGGUGUCAAAACCCACGGCGUCCACUGCAUAUCGACAAACAUGCUGGCUUUAAAAAAGAUAUUUUAUAAAAAAGAAAAAUCGCUGUACCAAUAUAUCUCCGAUCAUUUCUUUUAUCAUUUAUACCCAGCGCGUGAGAGCCACAACCUCCUCAUUCCUCAGACUUCUCAUGAAAAUGCGCAAGAAAGCGUUUCAGAUCAUCAUGCAAGCCAAGGGUUAAUGAAAAUAAAAACCAGGGACCUUUUAGUGCAAGAUGGAAGAAGGAACGAAACAGAGAAGUAAUCGUCAGGAAGACGAAAGAAUGUCAGGAAAAAGCAGCUUGUUUUUAACCAAGCCAUUUUCACUUCCGCCAACUCGCAGUAUAUUUAGCAUCAAACAGUUUAUAGUGAGUGAGGUUCCCAUCAGAUGUAAAGGCGUGUGUGCCACCUUCGCCUACUGAUGUGUGACUGAGAAAGGGUGCGGGUCUCGUGUCAACAUCAUCGGCGCCCCAGCAGACGCGGCUCGAAAAGCGACCCUAACGCCGCCUGGCGAUCGGAAGGAAGAACUGGUGGGAUUAAAUCCCUGAGGGUAAACUAUGUGUGUAAAAAAGGAACAUGACUUUGAAAUCAAUGCAAAGUUUGUUUCUGUUUCUAAACAAUAAAUAAAGAAAACUGGCGUGCUUAUGUGAGACAAGCUACACAGUGUUGGGCAAAAUUUUCAAAAGUGGAAAUGUUCACACUAAGAUGAGAUUCUACACUGUAAGAUAUUUUAAUUUAUUUUUAAGUGGUUUGCUGUUUAAAAUGUGUUUUAAGUGUGCACACUUAUAUAUAAAUGUUGUAAUAUUUAAAUAAACUUGUUUGACCUUUAAGCCUCUUUAUUUUGGA